AUGGCUCACCGGGUGGAUCACGAAUGUGACUACCUAUUCAAGAUCGUGCUGAUCGGCGAUUCGGGGAAGGGGAAAUCGAACAUCCUCGACAGUUCACGCGGAAUGAGUUCUGCUUGGAUGGAAUCCAAGUCCACCAUCGGCGCCGAAUUCGCCACUAGGACCCUCCAGACAGAACUGCAUGCAUCAUUGCUUGCUGAUCUUUUGAUUGACUUCGAAUUUGAGACCAUGGAUGUGUUUGUAGAAGUUGGCGCAGAGUCCAGAUUGAUUCGACUUCUUGUUGCCAGGAAUGCUGCUUGGACCAAUCGACGCUCCAUUUCGAUCCGGACAACUUGA